AUGGGUAUCAAGAUAGUUGGCAAAUAUCCUAAGGAAACUGUAGAGUCAGAAUUGAGAGAUCAAUGGGUUGAACUGUGUCAUUAUAAGGUGCCAUUGAGGAAGCUAACAUGGGUAGGAGGGAAAAUAGAUCUCAGGUUGGAUCCAAAUAUGGGAAUUCUUGAGUUUUCACUGUUUAACAUACCAAUAUUUGAGUUUGAAGAUGGUUUUUAUAUGUUGCCAGGACAUUCCGAAUAUUUUGUUAAGGGUCCCCCUAGACAAAUGCCACAAGGUAGUAUUAAGCAAUCUUUCACGUUCAAUGGGUUGUUGAAGCUUAAUAAGAUAUUACAGUACAUCUCUCAGGUCAGAUGCGAGACUACUGAUGUUGCAAAACUGAUGGAGGAUCGUUAUUCGAUUCUUACCCAAGACUAUAUAUAUUUCAAAGAAUGCAUAGAGCAUUAUAAGGAACGGAUACGAAGAUCGAAAGAAAAUCUAGAAUUGAUUCGGGCCCAGCUGAAAAAGGAGUCCGAUUGCGUUUCCGCGUCAAGUUCACAGACAUCAAUAUCUAUCAAUGACGAUUACGGUUCGGAAUAUUCGACCUUUGCACAGGAUAAGGCCAAAUUCAACUUGUUGCAGGCCAGAAAGCUAAAACAAUCCAUUGAUAUCAUUGAUCAUCUUAAGAUACCAGACUUCAUUGACUUAGGCAGGUCCAAAGUGGAGGAUAAUGCAUUUUACAUCGAUUUUAAGUUUGUUGAUUUCGAAAACAUUUUAGCGUCACCGGAUAAGGAACUCCUAAAUUGUAAAUUAGGGUACUACUUACUCAUUAUGAAAAUCAUAACUCAGAAAAUUCUAUUUAUUCCUUUACCGCAUGCUCUAUCAUUCAUGGGAAGCAAUUCUUUAGUUGAUGGUGAACUACCAUUUUAUGCACUAACAAAAGCAAACCAACAGCAUAAUAGUAAGUUAAAAAUGGCAACUGCAAGGUUCAAUAUAAACGUCAAUCAGCUCAGGCAGUAUAUGGAACACCAUCGCUGA